AUGAGCCCGAAAUAUAUCUUGGAUGUGACUAUAUUGGUAUUCCUGCUUCUCGGAAAUAUUAGAGAUACAUCCACUGAGUUAUCAACUCUCGAUGGGAUAAUCACCGAGCCAGAUUCAUCGACAACAUCGAAUGAGGAGUCCGAUGAAGCCAGCAAGGAGAGAGCUGAUCUCAAGAACCUCAUGUUGGAGUACACAUCGGAUGACGGAAAUAGUUGUCUUUUGGAUAUGAUCAAAGACGAAGUCAUAUGGUGGCUGUAUCCCAACGGAACCCUCAAGGAAGGAACUCAGAAAUUCGCAAACAAAAUGUAUUUGGAUCUAUCGCAUGGUAACCUAAAGGAGGACUCCGACUUGUUGCGUGAGGCGAGAUCAGCGAGAAGGAAGUUUAUCAGAUGGAGAAUAGAGGUUUUUUCGGCUGCCUUCAAUACAUUGAGUGCUGCUCCAUUCAAGACCCUUUACUCCAUGAGGGAAUCCCUGAAGCUAUUAUCAUUGCGGGGGAACAAUUUCGCUGACCUGAUCCCAGAUGCUGAAGCCUUUGGUCGGUUCCUAAACGAAACCAUCUUGGAAGCAAGUAACACUGCACAACACAAGUGCGAGGUACAAUUCGCCCUUAAUGCCACCGAUCUGUACGAUCGGGAGUGCUAUCUGUACUUUCACAACAACACAAACACGGCACACUCUAUCACAACCGGUCUUAACUAUGAGGACUAUAUUCGGUUCUUGAAAGAUCGGUUUGCUCAACACGGAAAGACAUCCCAAUCUAUAGCCUGGGCUAGUUUUCCAAAUCUGCCCCGACUCGUGGAGCUGGACAUUAGCAACUGCAGCAUCGAGUAUGUGAGCAGGGAGGCGUUCCAGAACGUCAGCAAUCUGCGGCGGCUCUUCAUGUCGGACAACAAGAUCAUGACCAUAAGCCAGGACACAUUCUACCACAUCCAGGGACUGCAGUACUUGGACCUGUCCUUCACCAACUUCCUGACCUACAGCUACCAACUGCAGCUGCCCACCCUGGAAAUGGCCCUUAGUUUGAUAUACGGCCUGAAAAUCCAGCAGAAUGUGUUUAAACUGCUGCCGGAGUUGGUUUACCUGGACCUGUCCCACUCGAAGAUGACCCGAAACAGUGCAGUGGCUUUCGCCCAUUUGGGGGAUAAGUUGAAGUUCCUGAGUCUCUGCUACACCGCAAUUCCCAUGGUGAGCAGUACCAUCUUCAAGAAUACGGUUCUCGAGGGCCUUGACUUGUCCGGGAAUCCCUACCUGUCCUACAACAUUAUCGACGAUGCUUUCGAUGGAAUUUCCGAUACUCUAAAGUAUUUAUACUUUGAGCGUUCGAAUCUUAAGGAUUUGGAGUGGGCCAAGUCCUUGAAAAAGCUUCAGGUUUUGGGACUGGCGGGUAAUAAUAUUAACUCCCUGAGUCCCACCAUGUUUCAAAGUCUGGGAUCCCUGGAGAUCCUCGAUCUGAGCUCAAAUCAUGUGGGCAAUUGGUAUCGCAGCGCCUUUCACAAUAAUUCGAAACUAAGGGUAUUGAACCUAAGGAGCAAUACCAUAAAUAUGCUCUCUAAUGAAAUGCUGAAGGACUUUGAGCGGUUGGAUUACCUAAGUCUGGGGGAGAAUGACUUUAUAUGUGACUGCCAUUUGAGGGCGGUGGUCGAGGUGGCGGCUUCUAAUAAUAAGGAAGCAGAGUGCUCUUAUAACCUGCUCAACUAUAGCCAGAAAUCGGUGGCUCAGGAUCUACUUGCAGUGGCUGAAACCCUAAAUAUAGAUCGCAAACUCUGGCAGAGUCGCUUUAUUCCCUGGCUGAAGAAGAGCUACUCCAACAUAAGGGAUUUUAAUCGAGUGAAUCAUAUAAUCAAGCUGCGUUUCUCCUCCGAGGAUUACAAGGUCACCAAGUGUUCCACAGCUACGCCAUUUCAUAUGGAAGAACUUGGAGAUGAUUUUACUCUAAAGUUCCAGCUGCUCGACUAUGAGGCUAGUCAGUACUACUGCUUCAAUAACACCGAUCAACUGCAGGUGGAUGAGCUUAAUUGCCAAAUGCGAACGAUGAGUGAUCUCACGGAGGAACUGCAUCGCGUAACCAAUACGGUAAUCGCUGUGGUGGGCAGUAUAGUUGGAGUCUGCAUCCUGGGAUUCAUUGUUUACCUGAAGCGAUGGCACAUUCACUACUACUAUUCGUCUUUGAAGUCCGCGGCUCUGUUGUCCAGUGCCUCCAAGGAAUCGGUGGAUAGCUUUAGCCACAUAUCCAAAAGGGAUCCCAGCGCGGUAUACGAUAUCUUCAUCAGCUACUGCCAAAACGAUCGUCCCUGGGUGCUCAAUGAACUCCUGCCGAACGUUGAGGAAACUGGGGAUGUGUCCAUUUGCCUGCAUGAACGAGAUUUUCAGAUUGGAGUGACUAUCCUGGAUAACAUCAUCUCCUGCAUGGACCGCUCGUAUUCCCUAAUGCUGAUCAUAUCCUCCAAAUUUCUGCUCAGCCACUGGUGUCAAUUCGAAAUGUACUUGGCACAGCAUCGCAUCUUCGAGGUCAGCAAGGAGCACUUGAUCCUGGUUUUCCUAGAGGACAUACCCCGCAGGAAGCGACCAAAAACUCUGCAAUAUCUAAUGGAUGUGAAAACCUAUAUUAAAUGGCCGACUGGCAAGGGUGAUGCCAGUCCCAAAUUGGAGGAGAGGAAACUGUUUUGGAAACGCUUGCGCCGAUCUCUAGAGGUCAUUGGCAUCAGUUCCCGAGAGUUCAAUGCUUAA